AUGAGUGCACCCAUCUCGCCGAUGCCCGUCUCCCACGACGCGGCGGACACCUACCCCCAACAUGAGAAGAAUAUCCCAGCCGACGAAGAGUCACUCGCUAUGGAUGAGAAGAAAGUGGAAACGCCACCGUACAUGCAGGAUGCCUUUGGUGACGAAGAGUUUGCCGAGGUGAAGUACAAGGUCUUGAAGUGGUGGCAAUGCGGUUUGCUCAUGGUAGCUGAAACCGUCUCCCUCGGUGUCCUCUCUCUGCCUGCCGCUGUCGCUGGUCUGGGUCUCGUCCCCUCCAUUAUCAUUCUGAUUGGUUUGGGUGGUUUGGCGACAUAUACGGGUUAUGUUAUCGGUCAGAUGAAGUGGCGAUACCCUCAGAUCUCGAACAUGGCCGAUGCAGGUGAAGUGCUUGCCGGUAAGGUUGGUCGUGAAGUGUUGGGUGUGGCCCAGAUGCUGUUCCUGGUUUUCAUCAUGGCCAGUCAUCUUCUCACCUUCACCAUCGCUAUGAACACCAUUACGGGGCACGGCACUUGCUCGAUCGUGUUCGGUGUCGUGGGUAUGGUCCUCUCUUUCAUCCUGUCUUUGCCUCGUACUCUGGUAAAGAUGUCCUGGCUGUCUAUGGUUUCCUUCGUGAGUAUCUUGACGGCUGUCAUCAUCACUAUGAUCGGUGUCGGGAUCCUGCAUCCAGGAAAGGAAGUGGAGGCUGUCGUCAAGACGGACUUUGUCAGUGGUUUCACUGCUGUGACCAACAUUGUCUUCGCCUUCUGCGGACAUGCUGCUUUCUUCGGUCUCGCCGCUGAAUUGAAGAACCCUCGCGACUUUCCCAAGGCGUUGCUGCUGCUGCAAGGCACCGAUAUCUGCCUCUACCUCAUCGCUGCCGUGGUCAUCUAUCGGUUUGGUGGUGCCGACGUUGCCUCUCCCGCCCUGGGCUCUGCCAGCCCCAUCGUUUCCAAAAUUAUCAUUGCGGGUGUCAUCAACGGCCACAUUGCCUUCAAGUAUGUCUACAUUCGGAUUUUCCGUGGAACGGACCGCAUGCACAAGCGCGACUGGGUUGCCAUCAGCUCCUGGGUGGGCAUUGCCCUGGCCCUGUGGAUCUUGGCCUGGAUCAUCGCCGAAGCCAUUCCUGUAUUCAGCAACCUGCUGAGCUUGAUCACUGCCCUCUUUGCCAGUUGGUUCACCUACGGCCUGAGCGCAAUUUUCUGGCUGUACAUGAACAAGGGUCUCUGGUUUUCCUCUCCCCGGAAAAUCUUCCUUACCGUGCUGAAUCUGGUGAUUCUCGGGAUCGGUGUCACUCUGUGUGGUCUGGGUCUGUAUGUGUCUGGGAAAGCCCUGCAUGAUAACCCCAGCAGUGCCAGCUUCUCCUGCGCAAAUAACGCAUGA